UGAGUGAGCGUGUUUCAUGAGCAAUGCAAGUGGGAUGGCGUGCAGCGCGGAAAGCGCUCCCAUCCCCCGUGACUGCCCUCGAAAGGUGUGAGACACAUUUCCCACUUGUGGUUCGCAAUACAACCCCGCCAAACACGCUCGCUCAUCACCCGCACGACCUCCUCCCUGUUGAUUCAAUCCUGGCUCAUCAGCAUCUUUCUCGAAAUGCCACUGGGUGCGUACUUCAUCCGCCCCUCGAUACGUCACACCAUUUUUGCCACGCCCUGCCUUCCUCAUCGCUGCGUACACUUUGGCUGCAGAUCCGACUGCCUGCUGCUUGCAGUGCGCCGAGUGAAACAGCAAGAAGUCUCUCGUCAUCUCCAUCAUCACCUCGACAAUAACUGUCCUUAUUGUCUCGAAACGCCGGCGCCCAUGCAGGCACACCGUCUCCUAUCACCACCUUGAAAGACCAUGUCCAUCUUCCUGCACCCCGCACUGACGCGGCCCGUCGGCGUGCGCAUCCUCGAGCCGACGCAGCGCGUCUCGCGCGAGGAGCUCGAUCGUCGCGAUGCGCGCUACCGCGCCUACCGCGAAAAGGCGCACGCUAGAGCCUGGGCCGACGACGCGACGCUCGUCGGUAGCGUCCGCAGCUAUGGCGACAACGGCACGCUGCACCGCGGCAGGGGAAGGAGGCAUCGCAGGAGCCCGUUCAUCAUUGGUGGUGCUGUUCCAAGCUUGCAGUCUGCUCUUACGGCUGCAGCCGCUGCAUCGUCGUCAACAACAACAGCCGCGGCUGCGAUCGAUAGAGAAAAUUCAACACCGAUCACAGCAACGACAAGUAGGAGAGGGCGCAGGCUGUCCAAAGUGUUUGGCAGAUUCCUGCGGUAAUGUAGAACAACCCACCUACGAUCAUCCGAUCUUGUCUCUUCGAUGCAAUAUCAUUUCAACGACUCCGUGUUCAUUCUAAUGAUCAGCACUCGUCAACACUCUCCGCCAUCGUCAUUCACCUGUGCAAUUUUAGGCCCGAGCAUAUCUUCGCAAGCAGAAGUUACACAGAAACAGAUCAUCGAUCGACCAUGCUCCUCUGGUCAGAUCAAUUUUUCAAGUACACGGACCAUCUCCACUCAGGCUCCUGCUAUUCCCUUUCCUGCAACCACCUGAGCAGAGUCUCAGACCCGGGUGCAAUCUUACUACAAUAAGGUUUCGGAGGGGAAGGCGUUCAAUGC